AUGCCAAGUAGCAGAGAGCGAGUUAGAAGUACUGCUGAGGAAGGGGUGAAGGUAGCGGACGAGCUUCGCCGGUUUGAGAAUGGUUCGGCUGAUUCCUACACCGUGAGUGAGUCGAAUGGCGUGGAUUUAGAUAGGGACUGUUCAAAAAGUACAGAAGCUGUUGGGGUCCAAUGUGAGACUUCUAUGGGCAGAGUAAUGAUAUUUAAUAUUUAUAAUCCUGGUGUCGACAUUGAUCCUGCUGAGUAUCGAGAGUUUUUUCUUCCAAACAGUAUCAUUUGUGGAGAUUUUAAUGCUCACAAACCUUUAUGGGGUGGAACAAAAUUAGACCGUCGAGGUCAGAUUCUCGGAGAUCUAGUUAUGGAAUCUGAUAAAAUGGUGUUAAAUGACGGUCGUGGGACAUGUAUUGUUCGGGGUAAUCUCUCUGCUCUGGAUCUAACGAUUGUAGAUAGUAAACUUGCUAGUCUUGCUACCUGGGAUGUUAAAGAUUAUGAUCUGGGAAGUGAUCAUCUCCCGGUAAUUACAUCUGUUAAAGUCCCUUUUGAAGUUAAGAGUUCGACGACCUUCUGGAACUUUAGCAAAGCAAACUGGUUCAACUUCUGUACGUUCCUCGAUUUAUCCAUUCAAAACAUAGAUAUGUCUUCUUUAGUCGAAUCUGUAUAUUCCCGUAUAGUAAAUAUUAUUUUGGAAGGAGCAGAGACAUUUAUCCCACAAUCAACCACAGAACGUACCAAACAUCAAACCCCUUGGAAUAUGGAAUGUGAGAAAGACUAA